CUACCACUCCAAUUUAUUUCUUGACAAUCAAAUGUCAUCUCGCUCAUCUUCCUUCACGCAUCCCGCUCGCACAAACUAAAACAAUUAAAUUCAUAAUCACAAAAAUUACGUACGUGCAUUUUAACUUAGUGUUGUUCUGUGAGUAAAUAUCAACAAGGCUCAAAAAUGGUGUAAAUUAGCGUAUGCGUUAUGGAUCUUUCGAUCUUUUAGCGCUCGAAGUGCUAAACAAUAAGUCAUCAUAACAAGGUAACGAAGAUGUUCUCGUAAAACAAAAGGUGUCCUUCACACAUUAGUGAGGCUCAUUUGUUUGAAUUAGUUAUCUGAACACGCCCCCGAUAAAGAGGUGAUUACUGGUAUCAUGUAAGUACAGCACUCGGUUCCCCGCUCACGAAUAACACAGGUGGUGGUCGCUUAUAAUACUUAACUUUCCGGACAGGGACUAACUAUAAGCUUACUAAUUUAAGCUCAACAUGGCUAAUACAAAGAUUGGACGUAAAAAGAAUAAAGAUAAUAAACCAACAGGUAAGCGAAUGAAGAAGAUGCGACUUGAAGAAGUUGAGGAAUUGAAGUUUUUAUCCCAUGAAGAAAGGAUACAAUGUCUUAUUAAAAAUGGUCACUUAAUUAAAGACGAUAUUUUUAAUGAUGCGGCGUUAAAGAAAAACAAUUUGAAAAAGGAAGCACUGGUCAGAAAACCUCGAGCUAAAAAUGACAAACUCAUAUCGAAAACUGGGAAACUCAAAAAUAGAAAUAAGCACAUUAAGUACAUGGAUUCCAUUUUAAUGAGUGAACUUCUUAUUCAGCAAGCUCCUAGAGCUAAGAAAAACAGUGGAAAUAACAAUAAUGAUAAUGAGUUAAGUGAUCAAAAUAACAGUGACGGCGGAAAAAGUAAACCAAAUGAAAGUGAUGGAAGUAUUAAAACUACGCAAAAGAAUGGUGAAAUAAUUGUAAUUAUUGACACCGAUGAGGCAAUUGAUUUAACAGAGACAGCCCAAAUAAAUGUCAAGAAUGAAGCUAAAACUCCAGUUAAGCCAAAGCAGAGAAAUAUGGUUGAAAUUUGUAUUGAUACAAAUAAUCCAGUUAUUCCAAAAGGAAAAGAUGAAAAGAAAGCUAAAGGGAAAAGAAAAAAUUCUGUCCUCGCAGAAAGACUGGAACAAAUGAAGACAGUUAAACUUAGCAACGGGGUUUCACUUUCCAUGGAAUAUUAUCAGUGUGACCAUUGCCAAACAAAAUUCUGCACAAAAUCUUCUCUGAAGAGACAUAUGUUGAUGCAUAUGAAUUUACAACCGUACACAUGCCCGGAGUGCCCCAAUAGACAUUUCUGGCAGCGAGGAAACUGGAGGGCACACAUUCGCCGGAGACACCCACAACUUUACUUAAAAAUUAAAUAUGAGUGCAUAGUUUGCAAGAAACCAUUUGUCUCUCUUGAAGACUUAAAACGCCAUAAAAAAGAGCAUGUAAAUGUGAAAAAGAAGCGGUACACAUGUGUGUUUUGCGAGAAAGUAUUUAAAGAGAAGUCACUUUUGGCAGACCAUGAGAAGCACCACAUGUCACCGGGCCGAUACAAAUGCUCCAUGUGCUCUAUGAGCUACGACUCCCGUGUACUCUAUUCUGACCAUUUAAAAACGCAUGCAAAAGUAGAGGAUAAAUUUCAUUAUUCCUGCCAAUAUUGUGGCAAAUCCUACUUAAGGCCCAGUUCCAUUGCAAGGCAUAUCCGAGUUAGCCAUGGCGGUAUGAGGAUGCAGUGUCCAAUUUGUAAAAAGUUGUUGAAAGGUCAUCUAACUGAGCAUAUGCGAACACAUGAAAAUGAGAGACCGCAUGAAUGUGAUGUGUGCGGGCAGAAAUUUACACAGUCGACCCAGCUGACAGUCCACAAGCGCUCCCAUACUGGUGCUAGACCAUAUCCCUGCCGAAUCUGUAAGCAACCUUUCUCACACUCUAACGCUCUAAUGCUCCAUAUAAGACGGCAUACUGGAGAAAAACCAUUUGCUUGUGCUAUGUGCCCGCAAACAUUCUCUCAGCUACCACAUAUGAAGGCUCAUAUGCGCAGCAUACAUAGUAAAACUGAAUUCUACAAAUGUGCUAAAUGCAGCACGUUUUUCAAGCUUAAGGCUCUGCUAGAAACCCAUGCAGAAGAGUGCGGGGCUGUGGAAAGCCUUAAGAAACCGGAAAGCAAAGACAGCACGCUCGUGUCAAAAAUGAGGUUCCACCUCGCGCUACUUUUCACUAUGAUCGCCUCUAAAGAAAAGCUGAAUGACCUAGGUUUCAACAAGCGACUCAUCGACGAUAUCCUCGUGGACUCGAUCGAGGCCAUGGGUUUAGCGCCCUGUAAAGACAAGAGUUUACCUCCGUACUCGCGUCUGAAGAUCAACGCGCUCAUGCUGCUGCAAGGUACCGUGCCUAAGCCACAGAUGGCGCUGUUCGUCAAGGAAGAAAAAACUACGGAGGAGAUAUUGGAGUUGCUGACUGAUGUUAUGAAUUAG